AGAGGAGAAGGAAGGGAGUGAUGAGCUGGGGCCCCACUUGUAGCAGGCCCGUGGAGGGUUCCGUGGUGUGGGCUGUUAACAUGGAGGGGGCUGGAGGACACGGAGUGGAGGGGGGCGUCCUGAAAACUGGGUCCCCGGGCCUGGGGAAAACAGGAGAGCCCCUGGGGGAGACCGAGGCCCUGACAGUGGAGCAGGAGAGGGAGAUGGUACUGGCUUGGAAGGAGCGCAUAGCACAAGAGCUGGACCGUGUGAUGACCUUCUGGACCGAGCACUCGCACGACAAGGAACACGGGGGCUUCUUCACGUGCCUGGGUCAAGAUGGGCAAGUGUACGAUGAUGUCAAGUAUGUGUGGCUGCAGGCCCGUCAGGUGUGGAUGUACUGUCGCCUGUACCGCACUCUGCCGCGCUUCCGCCGCCCCCAGCUCCUGGAAGCAGCCAAAGCAGGGGGCGAAUUUCUGCUGAGGUUCGCAAGGGUAGAGCCCCCUGGAAGGAAGUGUGCGUUCGCUCUCACCCGAGCCGGCCAGCCUGUCAAGGUGCAGAGAACCAUCUUCAGUGAGAGCUUCUAUGCCAUGGCCAUGAAUGAGCUGUGGCGGGUUACUGAGGAGCCGCGCUAUCAGAGCGAAGCGGUGGCAAUGAUGGAGCAGAUUGUGCACUGGGUGCUGGAGGACCCAUCGGGGUUGGGUCGGCCCCAGAUGGCGGGAGCCCCUGCCUCGGAGCCUCUGGCAGUGCCCAUGAUAUUGCUCGGGCUGGUGCUGCAGCUCGGGGAGGCUGAUGAGGAGCUGGCAGGCCGGUACUCCGAGCUGGGUGACUGGUGCGCCCGCAGAAUCCUGCAACAUGUCCAGAGGGAUGGGCAGGUUGUGCUGGAGACCGUGUCAGAGGAUGGCCAGGAGCUCCCAGGCUGCCUGGGGAGACAUCAGAACCCAGGCCACGCACUGGAAGCUGGCUGGUUCCUGCUGGAGUUUGCUCGAAGGAAAGGUGACACUGAACUGCGAGCUCGUGCCAUCACCCAGUUCCUGUGGCUACCAUUCCGGAACGGCUGGGAUGCUGAGCACAGUGGCCUCUUCUACUUCCAGGAUGCCGAUGGCCUCUGCCCAACUCAGCUCGAGUGGGCCAUGAAGCUGUGGUGGCCACACAGUGAAGCCAUGGUGGCCUUCCUCAUGGGCUACGCUGACAGUGGCGAUCCCGCCUUGCUGCGCUGCUUCUGUCAGGUGGCUGAGUACACAUUCCAACGGUUUCGCGAUCCCAAGUACGGGGAGUGGUUUGGCUACUUGACCCAGGAGGGAAAGGUUGCCCUCACCAUCAAGGGGGGUCCUUUUAAAGGCUGUUUCCACGUACCAAGGUGCCUGGCUAUGUGCGAGAAACUACUGGGCGCCCUGCUGAGCCGCCUCAGCCCGGCCUCUGCCCCUGCCCCUACUCAGAGCGCGGGGGCCUCCCCCACUAUCCCCACCCGCGGAGCCACGGAAUAAAGCCAAGUCUGCCUCCA